GGAGUGCCAUUGGCUGCCUCCGAAAGCAGGACACAGAGGAGAGAGCAGAGGUGUGGCUGAGACCAAGCAAACAGAGAAAAGAACUGAGGGCAGGCUCACCGGGGCAUCUGGUCCUCAGUUAACAAGAUGGCAAAAUGGCAGGGUGGCGUCAGAGGGAAUGUCUGGGCCCAAGCAUUUUCCUGGCAUCUCCCUUCACAUUUUCCUGAAAAUUCUUCGUGUCUCUCUUCCAUGAUGAUCUCCAGUCUCUGGUAUCUUAUGUUUUCUUUUUUCUGGUUCUACCAUGUCAUCUUUGUAGAUUCCAUCCUCUGGUAAAUUCUUCAGAGUAUGUUGCAGUUCUUCCUUAAUGAUUUGCUUAAUAUAGAAUUCUAAGCUCAGAGUCAUUUUUCCUUCAGAUUUUAAAAGACCUUCCUUCAUUGUCUGUGCUAAUUCUUGAUUCUUAAAUAGACUUAUCCCCGCCCCUCAAACUCUUAGCCCAUCCCUGACCCCAAGAUUUCGGAAUGUUAGUUGUCUUUGUUCUAGAAAUCUGACUAUGUGCCAUAGUCAGCAUCUGUUUUGUUGGUUUGUUUUUAAAUUUUCAUUGUACUGUGCUCUCCUUUGGGCCAUUUCAAUUUGGCAACUCAUGACCCUCAAGUCUAGAAACUUUUCUUGAUCUUACAGAUGAUUUCUUCUUCUACUUGCCCCUCCUUCCUAUCCCCACUUUUUUCUCUUGUUGAAACUUCUAUUAUUUGGAUGUUGGAGUUCCUGGUCUAGUCUUCUAUCUUUUUCUUUUCCUUUCUUUUCUUUUUGCUUGAUUAUGUUAGAGAUUUUAUCACCGUUAUCAUCCAACCCUUCUAUUGAGUUUUACAGGUUGGUAUCAUGUUUUUACCUUAAGAGAGCACAUUUUUAUGGUCUCUGAAUAUACCUUUUUCGUAGAAUCUUAUUCAUGUUUCAUGGUUACAACCGUAAGAGUUAAAGAAAGAGGAAAGAAACAUGACAUCUGGCUGGCAGUUAAAGACAGGUUUACUAUAGAUCAAACCUGAGAGGUGCUCCUGGCCCAUUUUGGUCAGGAACACUUUCUCGUACAGACUAGGAGUAUAUGUUAGUUUUAGGGUGAGGGGGCUUAUCCAAACCUUGGAACAUUUAUGUGUGUGGAGAAGUUUUUGGCAGGGUUGGAAUCUCUCUGGGAGGAGGGGAGGAUAUCUUGGGGUAGAUGUCUUUCCGACCAGAGUGGGGGUUUAUCUUGGGGCUAGCAUGUCUCUGGCUGGGGAGGAGUUUGGAAUGUUUCUGGGUGGAGAUGUUAUUUGUGGUUUAUGGUCAUACUGGCCUUAGCCAUUAGGCAUGCCUUUGGAUUUAGGUGGUUUUUUAUGAAGGUGAACUUUAGAAUGAGGGGCUUGUCCAAGAUGGCAAUUCUCCUGCUCUGUCAACAUCUUCUUAUACUUUUGAGGGUAAUGAGUUUUUGAGAUUUUCAUUUUUCUAAUCAACAUGUUUCCUCCAAGUUGCUUUUUUCUUUUUUUUUUUGAGACAGAGUCUCACUCUGUGCCCAGGCUAGAGUGCAGUGGUGUGAUCUCGGCUCACUACAGCCUCCACCUCCCAGAUUCAAGCAAUCCUCCUGCCUCAGCCUCCCGAGUAGCUGGGACUACUAGUGUGUGCCACCACACCCUAAUAGUUUUUUGUAUUUUUAGUAGAGAUGGGGUUUCACCAUCUUGACCAGGCUGGUCUUGAACUCCUGACUUUGUGAUUCACCUGCUUUGGCCUCCCAGAGUGCUGGGAUUACAGGCGUGAGCCAUGGUGCCCAGCCCCAAGUUGCUUUUUUCAAUUUGUUCUAGUCUCUAUCUUUAAUGUAAGAGGCAUUUUGGUUUUUAAAUUCUUGUUGUGGCUGCUGACGAUUAAAGGGUUGGGAUUAAAAGCUCAUGAGAAGCCUUAAGCACACAGAUUGAGGCUUGUGGGCUGUAAACCUCACUGUUGUUUGACCUGGGUAGCAUGUCAGAUUCUUGAGAGAAGGCUAUAGCAAUUUUUCCCUGGGGUGAAGGUAUGGCUGCCAGCAAGCCAAGCUGGGGAAGUAGGCUGUGGGAUCCUUCAGCAGUGGUCAGUAAGCAAUCACUUAUUCCCCUGUUUCUUGUUCUCAAAGAACAAGAAGACUGGUGUCUCCCAGUCCAGAGAUGCUCUGUUUCAUCAUUUCCUGAGAAUAAACCUCUAGACAUCCCGUAGGGCAGGAGGGGCUGUCUUCCAUAUCCUAGUGACUGGCAACUGGAGGAAUGACCUAAGACUGUAUUUCUCAAACUUUACUGUGCAUACAAAUCGCCCGGGGAUCUUGUUAAAAUGUAGGCUCUGAUUCAGUAGCUCUGGGGUGGAGUCCGAGAUUCUGCACAUCGAAUGAUUUUUCUGGUGGUGAUGCCAGGGUAGGAUCACACUUCAGGUAGCAAAAGGAUCUAGGAAUCUAACUGCUUAUCUAACAGCUUUUCACCUGUCCCUCCUUAUUUUAGCUGUAUUCUUUACACUUGUGCUCACGUGCAUGCACACACACACACACACACACGCACACAUACACAUGCUGAGUCAGUUACUACUGGCUCACUGCUUUCUGGCUUCCAAAAUAUUGUUGCUGCCAUCUUCUCAUCCCUCUAUCUUUAAGAGUUUAUGUCUUUGAAAAAAUUCAUUGGUUUUAAGGAGUUUCAGGAAGAAGCAAAAUUAGAUGAUGUGUGUUCUGCCAUAUUAACCCUAACUCUAACCAUCUGCUAAAACAUGAUCCUAACGUUUGCUUGUAACCAAGUAAAUGAAGCCUGUUUCCUGAUAAAUAACUGCUACUUUCGGCCUCUAGGUCUUUGCAAAAACAGCGUUACCUACUUCUCCCUUCCUCCUUUGUCUGCCUGCCAGAUUCUUACACAGUUUUUAGGAUCCAACUCAAUGGCUGGCUUCUGUGAAGCCUGCUUUGGUCCCCAGGAUGUUAAAGCUUCUGUGCUCUUCUGACUCUGUAACCAGCUGCGUAUACAGUAUCUCUUCCAAAAGACUGUGAGCUCCUCAGGCAUAGGGCUUGUGUCUUUGUGGCUCAGUGCCCAGCACAUAUCAGGAGCCUGUAAUGUUUAACAAUGGAAUUUCUGCCUGCAUGCUUACUUUUCUCUUUUUUCUUCACUUUUUCUGCUGUCUUCGUCUCUUCUUUGUUUUGGCUGUUGUUAGAUUUGUUAUCUAUUCUAUUAUCAAAUAGAAAUCCAUUUUCCAUAAUUUUAAUUUUAAAAGUAAAUAGAAUAAACAAUAGUUUUCAUUUUCCAAAAACUAUUGAAUCAGUGAAACAGAUUUAAAUAUUAUAUAUGCAUUCAUCUGAUUCACCCCCCAACUCUAAGGACUGUUAAAAGACAAAAAUUUUAUUAGCCCUAGAUAAAGACAUAAUUCUUACCACCUAAUGGAAUUAUCUGUUGAAGGAGUCUGAAUCCAAAAUAUUUAAAUAAGUUAAACAUAAAAUUGUUUAGUUUCAAUAAUAAAAAUGAAAAUGUUUACAAAGUCUUCAUAGCUCCUUUCAGGUUUCUUACCUAUAAAACUCCUUUUUCAGAGCAGAGAUACUGUUGUCAAAAUUUAACCCUAGGCAGGCUGCUGACAUUGUCUUCUCCGCACCACUGUUUCUGGGGUCUCCAGAGCCUUCUCUCUCCCGUGCAAAAUGGCAACUCUUAAGGAAAAACUCAUUGCACCAGUUGCAGAAGAAGAGGCAGCAGUCCCAAACAAUAAGAUCACUGUAGUGGGUGUCGGACAAGUUGGGAUGGCGUGUGCUAUCAGCAUUCUGGGAAAGUCUCUGGCUGAUGAGCUUGCUCUUGUGGAUGUUUUGGAAGAUAAACUUAAAGGAGAAAUGAUGGAUCUGCAGCAUGGGAGCUUAUUUCUUCAGACGCCCAAAAUUGUGGCAGAUAAAGAUUAUUCCGUGACCGCCAAUUCUAAGAUUGUAGUGGUAACUGCAGGAGUCCGUCAGCAAGAGGGGGAGAGUCGUCUCAAUCUGGUGCAGAGAAAUGUUAAUGUCUUCAAAUUCAUUAUUCCUCAGAUCGUCAAGUACAGUCCUGAUUGCAUCAUAAUUGUGGUUUCCAACCCAGUGGACAUUCUUACAUAUGUUACCUGGAAACUAAGUGGAUUACCCAAACACCGUGUGAUUGGAAGUGGAUGUAAUCUGGAUUCUGCGAGAUUUCGCUACCUUAUGGCUGAAAAACUUGGCAUUCAUCCCAGCAGCUGUCAUGGAUGGAUUUUGGGGGAACAUGGCGACUCAAGUGUGGCUGUGUGGAGUGGUGUGAAUGUGGCAGGUGUUUCUCUUCAGGAAUUGAAUCCAGAAAUGGGAACUGACAAUGAUAGUGAAAAUUGGAAGGAAGUGCAUAAGAUGGUGGUUGAAAGUGCCUAUGAAGUCAUCAAGCUAAAAGGAUAUACCAACUGGGCUAUUGGAUUAAGUGUGGCUGAUCUUAUUGAAUCCAUGUUGAAAAAUCUAUCCAGGAUUCAUCCCGUGUCAACAAUGGUAAAGGGGAUGUAUGGCAUCGAGAAUGAAGUCUUCCUGAGCCUUCCGUGUAUCCUCAAUGCCCGGGGAUUAACCAGCGUUAUCAACCAGAAGCUCAAGGAUGAUGAGGUUGCUCAGCUCAAGAAAAGUGCAGAUACCCUGUGGGACAUCCAGAAGGACCUAAAAGACCUGUGACUGCUGAGCCCUAGGCUGUAGAAGUUUAAAAACUACAAUGUGAUUAACUCUGAGCCUUUAGUUUUCAUCCAUGUACAUGAAUCUUAGUUUGCUCUGACCUUUAAUAUGUGAAUUUGAGCUCAUAGAAUCAAAGCCUAUGUUUGGUUUAAUGCUUGCAAUGAGUUCUAGAACAAAUAAAAUUAACUAUUGCA